AUGUCUUUUUUCAGUGUUGGUUUUACCGUCAAAGGGGGACCUUUAAGUAAUAACUAUAGUUCGGCCACAGUGGAUGAACCAAAGCUUUCCCCUCACUGGGUUACGGGAUUUGCGGAUGCAGAAUCAAGCUUUAGUUUGAAAGUCUCUAAAAGUAGUACCACUCGUUCAGGUUGAAAUGUUAUACCUGAAUUUCAAAUAACGCUACAUAGCAGGGACUUACUAUUAUUAAGAAAAAUACAUACCUUUUUCGGUAUAGGUAUAGUUGGUGAACGUGAAGAUAGAAAUCAGGUAUAUUAUAGCGUUCAAUCUGCACGUGCUAUAGUUAAUGUCAUUAUACCUCAUUUUGAUAGAUAUCCUUUAAUAACUCAAAAGAGGGCGGAUUACCUUUUAUUUAAACAAGCUGUAAACUUAUUAAUACAGGGCCAAUCACGAUCUAGUUUUGAAGGAAUCCGUGAUAUUCUAAGUCUUAAGGGCUCCAUGAAUAAAGGAUUAUCUGAUACAUUAAAAUUACACUUCCCCGACAUCCUACUUUUUCCUCGUCCAGUAGUAGGUGAGCAAGGCAUCCAGGACCCUAGUUGAUUAACAGGUUUUGUAGAUGGAGAAGGUUUUUUUUAUGUUAAAUCACUAAAGAAUAAGAGAUAUUCAUCAGGCUUUAACCUUACCAUGGUUUUUUCUAUACCUCAACAUGUAAGAGAUGAGGCUUUAUUAACUAAAUUUAUUGACUACUUAGGAUGUGGUAGGAUUGAGAGGGCCCCAACCAGACCAGAGAUAGUUAAUUUUUCUGUAAGUAAAUUUAGUAAUAUUAAAGAAAAGGUGAUACCUUUUUUCCAAAGUUGUUCCUUACAUGGUAUAAAGCGUAUGGAUUACUUAGAUUUUGUUAAGGUAGCUAAGAUUGUAGAAAUUAAAGGUCAUUUAACGCCCGAAGGUAUUAAUAAGAUAAAUUCUUUAAAAUCUGGAAUGAAUAGCUCUAGAAUGUAUAAUUAA